UGUGGUGAUACGUGUUGACAUAAAAUUGUAUGGGAUAUCAAGUGAUAUCGCACAUGAUAUCAUCGAAUAUCAAGUUUAUCUGUAUAUCACUUGAUAUCAGCGCUAAUGUGAACAUACUAUUAUACGAUGCAUACGAUUCAUAUGACGAAUCUAAUGGAUAUAAAAAAUAUUUUUAUUUCAGUGUUGAACGUUCGUGUACGAACCUCGUAUGUCAAAAGCAAGCAAAAUACAACUACAAAAAGCAUCAAACCGAUUUAGAGCGAAAAGCAAAUGUUUAUCUUAUAUAUUGACUGAAAUCACACUAAGGUGAGUCAAUUAUAAUGUUCUGUCGUAGUUGCUGUUCUUGAUUUUUGUAGCUUAUAUACUUAACCACUUUUUUUUAUUGUUAGUAAAAUGGAAUGCAGCUUCGAACGAGAUGGGAUACAAAAAGAGGAAGAAUCAGAAAACAGUCCUGAAGCCUUUUUCUUAUCGUCCGCUCCAACAAUCGAUUCCCCAAUAAAACUAGAAUAUCAGAUUUGUGAUGAGGAAAUAACACAGAAAAGUGAUCUUCAUAAAGACGUUUCAGUACCUAAAGGGAAACCGGUUUAUAGUUGCGAACUUUGCGGGGAACAAUUUUCAAUGAAGAAAGUCCUGAACAAGCACAUGAUCGUUCAUACUGAAAACCAACAAUUUAAAUGUGAUGUGUGUGGUAAAGAUUUCCGGUAUUAUCAGCAACUGAAGGACCACGCAAAUAUUCACAAAGGAGAGCGUCCGUACAAUUGCACUGAAUGCGAAAAAAACUUCUCGUCUAAAAUGAUGCUUGUUCAACACAUGCACACUCACACAAGCCAGCGUACGUACAAAUGCACUGUAUGCGGAAAGGACUUUCAUCAUAAAACGAAUCGUUCUGUACACAUGAAACUUCACACAAGCGAGCGACCACACAAAUGCACCGUAUGCGGGAAAGAGUUCGCCAUUAGGACUUACCUAACUAAACACAUGCGCUUUCACACGGAUGAUUAUAAGCAUGAGUGUGACGUGUGUGGCAAAGGAUUUGUGGACAGAACACUCUUGAAAGAUCAUCAACGUCUCCAUACAGGAGAGCGACCGUUCAAAUGCACCGUAUGUGGAAAAGAUUUUGUAAUUAAGGGUUCUUUAACUAAUCACAUGUCUAUUCACCAAAGUGAGAACAAACAUAAAUGCGAAGUGUGUGGCAAAGCAUUUAAUGAUCGUUCUAACCUCACGAGACACAAAAGUAUUCAUACGAACGAGAAGUUUAAAUGCAGCAUAUGCGAGAAAGAUUAUAGUACUAAAUAUGAACUCAGCAGACACAUGAAAAUUCAUGUAGAUGGUUACAAGCAUAAGUGUGAUGUAUGCGGCAAAGGAUUCACCUGCAAAUCACUUUUGAAAGACCACGAAUUUAGUCACACUGGUGAACGGCCUUACAAAUGCACUGUAUGUGGGAAAGAUUUUCAAGGUAAACUAAAUCUUACUCUACACAUGCGCCACCACGCAAGCGAGCGACCGUACAAAUGCGCCGUAUGUGGAAAAGAUUUUGUCAUUGGGGCUUACCUAACUAAACACAUGCUUACUCACACGGAUGAUUAUAUGCAUGAGUGUGAUGUGUGUGGCAAAGGAUUCAUCUCCAAAUCAUUUUUGAAAGACCACAAACACAGUCAUACAGGCGAACGACCGUACAAAUGCGCCGUAUGUGGAAAAGAUUUUCAAGGUAAACAAAAUCUUAAUCAACACAUGCGCCACCACGCAAGCGAGCGACCUUACAAAUGCGCCGUAUGUGGAAAAGAUUUUGUCAUUCAGUCUUUCCUAUCCAAACAUAUGUCUGUUCAUGAAUAUGGCUACAAACAUAACUGUGAUAUAUGCGGCAAAGGAUUCGUGACCAGAUUACUCUUGAAAGAACACAAAAACAGUCAUACAGGAGAGCGACCUUACAAAUGCACUGUAUGUGGAAAAGAUUUUCAAGCUAAACGAAAUCUCACUCAACACACCCGCCGUCACACAAGCGAACGACCUUACAAAUGCGCCGUAUGUGGAGAAGAUUUUGCGACCAAGUCUUAUCUGUUAAUGCACAGGUUAAUUCACGACCACAUGCUUCGCCACACGGCAUCAGUGUGACGUAUAUGGCCAGGGGUGGAAUCAUGUAAGGUGAUAAGUGACUAUCACCUCCUGGUGAUAAAGAGGUGAUCACCAGAAUGUUUGGAAUCACCGAAGGUGAUCACUUUUACUAUCGCCAUCACCGGUGAUUGAGCCAACUUCACUCCAUUCAUCACCUUUCAAGAAACGUCAAUUUUUCAGGAGUAACAUAUGAAAGUGGCGUAUACCCAUAUAAUAUUUUAAAAUUAAAUUUUUAUUUCUAUAGUAUUCAAUCUUUUUCAUUAAUUCGAGCCAUGUUUAUUAAUGAUGAUUUGUAUGGAUCGAAUAGUAACUUAGAGUUGACCGUGUUAACGACCUUGGUGUUGUAUUGGAUGCAAAACUCACAUUUAAUCAGCAUCGUUCUGCUUUAAUAUCUAAGGCAACGAAACAACUCGGAUUUGUAGCUAAAAUCAGCAGAGAUUUCAAGGAUCCACAUUGUUCGAAGGCGUUAUACUGUUCCUUAGUGCGACCAUUGCUGGAAAAUGGCAGUUUGGUAUGGAGUCGAUAUCAACUCGUUUGGAACUUGCGGAUUGAGCGUGUUCAGAAAAGAUUUAUUCGGCUUGCGCUAAGGGAUCUUCCCUGGCGAAAUCCCUUGGAUCUGCCACCGUACCCUGAUCGAUGUCGCCUGUUAGGUCUUGACACCCUGGAACGACGAAGGAAGAUUCAACAUCAACGAUACGAUCAACGAAGAUUCCAUCGGACAUCGUUUAGAGCCAACGAACCUAUUGCAACGUGUGUUCGAACUUUCUCCCUAGUUUGUUCAGAAAGUGUCGCAAUUCUCGAUUUUAUAACUUGACCUUAUAUUCAUUAAGACUUUUAUUGUCAGAUGGAACAAGCGAACAAAUAAACAAAUAAUGUAAAAAUGAUAAUUUAAAUCAGUGGAGCAGCGUUGCCAGAUCAUUUUUCCGACAAUCUAAAUCCGGCACAAAAAUGUAUCUGUACUGUAUCAGAAUCUCUGCUACAUAAGUACCAGGAAGAGAUAAAAAAUCGGUAUAUCUAGCAACGUUACUGUGGAGUUCGAUGUGUAC